CAGCCGGGUUGCUCCAUAUUUCACAUCGGCAAAAUUGCAAUCGGAAGUCUUUCCACUCCAAAUUUUCACUCUCUGCUGCAUUUUCACAUCACGCGUGAACGUUUCCAGUGUGCGGCGAUUGGUGUAGUCCCGGAAUAAUGCAGUGCAAUAUCAGAAACAUCGUGCAGUGCGCGGCAAAGACAAACCUCGUGCUGCGGAAUCACCGGCCAGCGCUGGGCUUCCUGGGCAGGAGGCACUACACCAGCGGCGAGGAGGUGGAUCUGGUGGUGAUUGGCUCCGGACCGGGCGGCUAUGUGGCCGCUAUCAAGGCCGCGCAGCUGGGAAUGAAGACCGUGUGCGUGGAGAAGAGCGACACCUGCGGCGGCACCUGCCUGAAUGUGGGCUGCAUCCCAUCCAAGUCCCUGCUCAACAACUCCCACUACUUCCACAUGGCGCACUCGGGCGACCUGGCGAAGCGAGGCAUCCUGGUGGACAACGUCCGUGCGGACAUUGACAAGAUGAUGGACGCCAAGUCCAAGUCCGUGAAGGCGCUCACCGGCGGCAUUGCGCAGCUCUUCAAGAAGAACAAGGUGCACCUGAUUAAGGGCCACGGCACUAUCACGUCGCCCAACGAAGUCACCGCCAAGACGGACGCCGGCCAGGAGGUGGUGAAGACCAAGCGAAUCAUGAUCGCCACGGGCUCCGAAGUGACUCCAUUCCCAGGCAUCGAAAUCGACGAGAAGACCGUGGUGUCCAGCACUGGAGCGCUGAGUCUCGAGUGCGUGCCCGAUCGCAUGGUGUUGAUCGGAGCCGGCGUCAUUGGCCUGGAGCUGGGCUCCGUGUGGUCUCGCCUGGGCGCCAAGGUGAUCGCUGUGGAGUUCCUGGACAGCAUCGGCGGCGUGGGCAUCGACGGCGAAGUGUCCAAGACGUUCCAGAAGGUGCUCACGAAGCAGGGCCUGGAGUUCAAGCUGGGCCACAAGGUCACCGGCGCCACGAACACGGGCAGCGGCGUGAAGGUGGCCAUCGAGGGCGUUAAGAGUGGCACGAAGGAAGAGUUGGAUUGCGACGUGCUGCUCGUGAGCGUCGGCCGGCGCCCGUACACAGACGGCCUGGGCCUGGAGAGUGUGGGCAUCGUGCGGGACGACAGGGGUCGCGUGCCGGUGAACGGGCAGUUCCAGACCAUUGUGCCCAGCAUUUACGCCAUCGGCGACUGCAUCCACGGCCCGAUGCUGGCGCACAAGGCGGAGGACGAGGGCAUCGUGUGCGUGGAGGGAAUGCUGGGUGGUCCGGUGCACAUUGACUACAACUGCGUGCCGAGCGUGAUCUACACGCACCCGGAGGUUGCGUGGGUGGGCAAGAGUGAGGAGGACCUGAAGAAGGAGGGCGUGGAGUACAAGGUGGGCAAGUUCCCCUUCAUGGCCAACUCGCGGGCCAAAGUCAACGACGAGACGGACGGAUUCAUCAAGGUGUUGGCGGACAAGAGCACCGACCGGAUCCUCGGCACUCACAUGAUCGGUCCGGGCGUGGGUGAGCUGAUCAACGAGGCGACACUGGCGAUGGAAUACGGCGCAGCUGCUGAGGAUGUGGCGCGCGUCUGUCACGCUCAUCCGACAUGCUCGGAAGCGCUGCGAGAGGCUAACCUGUCUGCCGCCUUCGGCAAGCCCAUCAACUUCUAGAGAGAAUCCCAAUGACGUGAUCUGUAAAUAGCGAAUGGACCUCAAUGGCACUUUACUUCUGUUUUUCUUUCUAAUCACCUCAAAUCAUCCCCUCCAGCAGAAUGUACACACACAGACAGUGAGAGUAGAGAAAGAAAGCCAUUAUUCCGAAACAA